AUGAGUGAAAUUACUGAAAAUAAACAAGAAAUCGAGAAAGAUCCAACCAAUACUUUCCUCACAGGUGUUAACAUUGAUGUUGACGCUUGGAGAGAGCAAACUGUUGAAGAACUAACUGCCUGGCUCAAUGAUAUUAAGAAUAAAAAGACUGAAUUUGGAGAUCCACUUGUUGAAUUUCCCGAAGGUUGGGAUAAAGAUCAGAACCUUACAACAAAUCAACAAAUUGAUGUAAUAGCAAAAGGAUUAGCAGAUAAAUUACAGGGAGCGGAAGCAAAAGAAGCCAAAUCUGACUUACAAAGUAUUAGAGCUCAAGCAGAUAAGCUUAAACAGCUAGAAAAGCAACUUGCAGCAUUUGAUGGCGAUGAUGAAGAACUAGAGCCUGAAUUAUCAAAAGAAGAUGAAGAUAUUCUGAAUGAGGAAAUAGUAAUUCCAAAUAUAGAUGUAUCUGGCCCUAAUCCAUUUGAAAUUGAUGCUGAUUCAUUGAAAAGAUUAAAAGAAAUUGACGAAAAACUCGGAACUACUGAAGAAGAUACAAAACCCCCGACAAGAACAAUGGAAGAAAUCAAUAAUGAUAUACUUAAACUUUACAAAAACCCAGAAGGUGAUAAACCGGAAGACGUCUCUCUUAUUCCAAACGAAACAGAUGAUAAAGAUGGAGAUGAAACAAAAGAGCCUUCAUCUGACCGUUCUUCUUCUACACCAAAGUUACCUCAAGAGACUUCUGUAACAAUUCAGCCUCCAGAAAUUCUAUCAGCUCCUAAAUCACCACCUCAUAAAUCAUCACUAAAAUCUCCAUUACCAUCAUCUCUAAAUCAAAAACCAAUUCCACCUUUACAGCAAAUUUCAGCAGAUAUCCAGCUGAAGCAAAUCAAAUCAAAGAAACCACUAACGAAGAAAUAG